AACCUCCAAAAUGGCGGAAGGAGGUAUCGGGUGUACAGAGUUAGAAUCUGAAAGCAAUCUCAGACACAAUCAUCAGUCUCAGAAUUAUGUCGAAUGUGUUUCCGUGGAGAUCACCAGUAUAAUGACUCGGCUUGGGUACGGCGAGCAGAUAAGACGGUGGCGGGUUGAGAAGUACAAAGAGCGUGAUAGCUUGAUGAAUGCACGAGAAAGUGAUGUAACUAUGAUCACAGCUGGCAGCAAGGCAGAGGGGUUAACCUGCUGUUAUGAAAGCGACAUUGACUCCUUAUUCGUUUUGGAAGGUAUUCUCUGUGUGGAAGCUGGUAUAAGUCUUCACACCUUACCUGACGGCAUAGAAGUGUACAGGAUGGAUACAUGUGCAUAUUCGGGACACUGUAGACUGUUGUUAGAGAGACAAGCGCGUAAACAUUUCAAAGUAAUCCACACUGCUCAGUGUGAUAAUGGACAAGGAGACAUUCUAUUAAGUAGUAGUUUGUUUCUUGAUGAAAUGUCGGCAUAUUCUUCUACAGAUUCAUCAGUGGUGAGACAUGAACGAGCGGGGCCGUCGCUACCGAGGUUGAUAGGAGGUGAGCUUCACACUGACCAUGUAUUCGCACUACGCUGUCAUUGCCCCAGCAUCUUACAGAGAUGGGCUUCCAGACCCCGUCAUUGGCCGUCACCGGUCUUAGUUCAGAAAGUCGUAUCGUUAGGAGCUAAUGUAACAGCGGUGGGUUUUAAGGAAAGUGAAUUCAAGCACAUGGAAUGGAGGAUUGGUUUUAACACCGGAGAGUCAGAACUAGUGAACAACCUUAAUGACACACAAGCGAAAGUGUAUGUUAUGCUUAAAAUGAUCGUCAAAGAUGUGUUAAGGCCUCUUAAGAAAGAAAUAACCUCAUACGUGAUGAAAAAUAUAGUAUUAUGGCAAGCUGAGAGUAACCCACAAAAUAAGUUCUAUGCUCAGAGUUUUUUUCACUGGCUGCAUGACGGACUGAGAGCACUUAGGACUGCUAUUGUCACACAACAUCUGUCAUAUUACAUGAUUCCAGAAAGGAAUUUAAUGGCAGCCAGUGGUUUGACGUACAGGCAGCAAAGUCAUUGGGUAGAAGUUAUCACGGACAUGAUGGCAGAAGGUCCGAGGGUAAUUCUCAGAUUGCCAAAGAUACGGAGGGCUAUUGUCGCGUCCCCAGAGCCGAUGUUGUGGUACAGCAUGAAAAGGAUGGAGCUGGAGAUGCUAGCGCUGGAGGAAAUGAACAGAUUGAUUACUUGCCCCCUUGAGAACGUAGUUGUGGAUAUGACUGAUGCUAUCCUACAGGAGAUACGGAGACGUCAGGACGAGGUACUGAUGGAGAUGAUCGAAGAAGGCUGCUCUGAAAAUGAUCUGACGGAUAUUCACAGGAGAAUAUUAAAUUAAUAAUGAAUUGAAGUGCUUUAAAAGGAUGGAACUGAGAUGGUAAGAUACGUGCAACGUAUAAAUGAAAAGAUAGUGGUGUUUUGUCUCGGAUAUCAUCCUGCAGGAGAUACAAGGACAAAUGAGUGGAAUAGUGAGAUGGAUCUUCCGCCGAGUUUUUAUGAAAGGCAUCGUUGUUAAUAAUAUGUAUCCGCCUUGAACUUCAUAAGUGAUGGCGCUUUUUUUCGGCCGUGCUUGAAAAUGAAAUAGUGGCGUGUAGUAAGGAACUGGUUCGUCUAAAUAAUGCAGUAGUUAAUGUAAACGAUCAGCCGUAGCAUGUAAUUAAUACAAAAGAUGCACAAUCUGUAUUCCUUAAAGAGAGUAUAUAAUAUCUCUUUUUAAACAUAAAACGUUGUUCGAUCCUAAUCAACCAUCGCGAUUUUGGGGACGUCAGCACAUAACUUUGAUACCAGGGCUCAGUGAACCAGGAAGCAACUAGUCCGAGUCUAUGGGCAGGGACGGCAUGAUACUUAUUGACUGGUUCAUCCACUUGUAAAAAGCCGUUUUAAAAGGACGUUUUAAAAUGGGCCCUUUUGAAAAUCAUAGGCUAGCCGGCGACAAGUUACUUGACUUGCACAAGAAAAUCCAUGAAGUCGUGGCAUUUUAACGAAUCUUUGGUGUUUGCAUUAUGUACUGUAAACACGUGGCACAAUAUGCGUUCAUUAUUUCAGCAAUUUAUCAACGCGAUUUUCAUUACAGACGGAUUUAUACAUUUACAUAAAGAUACAACAAAUAUGUAGCCGAUAGCAUUAGUCCAAAUAAUUACGUUAAAAGUGAUAUUUACAUACAAUAUUCUGCCAUUUUAAAUUUAAAUACUCAAUAAUUUUAACACGUGUUCAAUACGGAAUCCGGAUAGUGCCAAGUAGAUUGUUGCGUGUCGACCUUCGAGGCCGACGCACGACAUUUAAGCGACGCACGAUAUGACUCGACAUUUAAAGUCGACAUGCGACAAUCAAGAUUUGAGUGUCGCAUAUGGCACUGGAUUUUAGAAGAACAAAAUACUGCAGAUAAUCUUGACUUUACGUGGCAUAUUUCUGUUAACUAUUGUGAAACUGACAAUUCUGGUGUCAAAAUAUUGAACUUGAAUUUUAUGACAGUUAACAUAAAUUUAUUUCAUGAUAAAGAUAAUAAUUUUAUAAUUGCGAUGCUUAAAAUACACCAUUCCCAUUGUUGCGAGGAACGGCUAUGCGGCCUAAAAUGUAAUGGAGUGUGUUCCCAUGCCAGUGUCAAUCGACGGCUAGAUAGGCUACCCGUGCCAGAAAAGUGAGCCAAUCAAGAGGCUUCCCGUGCCACAACGAAAGCGAAAGUAGGCAUUUUUAAAGUAAAAUUGAUGAAAAUUACUAUAUAGCGUACAUUGAACGUAAGAAUUUGAUUAUAAAGAUGAUAUAAACGACACUAGAUAUUUGACAUAUUAGGGAACAACUAUGUUAAAAAGUCAUCAAAGUGGCAUGUAUGCACGAUUGUUCCACCAACCUCGUCAUCAUUCCAUCUUCAAUAGAAGUUGUGAUAAGUGUUUGGACUUGCGGAAUACUGUGAAUUUUUAGCUGGAUAUAUGCUUCAAGUCAUGGACCUUCUAUUUUUAUGCACAACUGUGUUUACGGGUUUUAAUUUUAUAUUUUCUUACCAGUUUUGUGAAUGUCGAUCAUCCAUUUUCUUGUAUAUAACAAAGAGGCAGCCGAGAAUGAACAGAGAGGCAGCAUUUUGACAGAGAGGCCAUCGAUAUGCAUAUUCACCGUGGUAGUAGUAGAAACUAAUGACUUAUUUAAUUUCUACUAGCUCGGCUAGUGUUCAAGUUACAUGGAAAUUUGUCCGAAUGGACGGGUGGAAGCACCCGUAAAUAAGACCACAGGUUCUUGACUAAUUUAAAAUUUAGUAAAGAUAAUUUGUGCAAGAUUUAACUUUGAUUGCUACCGUCGAAGUUUAAAUUUUGCGACAUUACUGAUAUCCAGUUUUAGUUCCACUGGCUAAAGGCAAGCUAUCGCCAAUAAGUUUACAAGACCUAGCUAAGGAUUCACUGGGGACCAGUUGGAGUAAUUUCCAAGUCACUGCUACUUUAAAUAGAAACAACUGUUUUCAGAUGAAUAACUUGAAUAAGGAUGGAUGUAUUGUGCUGACAAUUUUUGCGUGUAGGUAGCUUAUAUGCAAACAUAACUUAGUACAGCACAAUGAUUUAAAUAAAAUUUCAGUAACAAAAAAAUUUAAAACCUGGUUACCUGGAGUGGCAAUUUUUCAUGUUUUUAUGCAUUUUAUUGUCUGGAAUAUUAACCUCUGAUUUUCUUCAAAGGGCUGGUACCCAGCUUAUGUAAGGGCAUGCGAAACUUAAAAAUAAUGCAAAUUUAAAUUUGUUUUUAGAAUAGUUUUACAAUUUUGGCCAAGUAAUACAUGUAAUAGCUGUUUUUGAAAUAGUAUUUUGUUUGAAGAAAGAUGUUAAAUUGUCAGGAAACUAUUUGCUAGAAAAAUUCAUAGUAUGAAGACACAUUAUGAAAGAGGAAACUUCGGAACACAAUGGAAAGGGCAAUGCCAUUUGCAAAAUGUUUCGGACAAAACUUCCCCAAAACGUCUCCCCAUGUGUUAAGUAUUCCAGAAACAUUAGUGCAAAAUAUAGGUGAAUCAUUGAUAAAAUGACACUAGUAAAUGCUAGAGGUAAACGAAGAAAAUAACGAAGAAAAUAAAAAACUCCAAGUUUAUUUGGGCAUAUUAGGUUAUUUAAUACAAAGAACUAAAUUGAAUUGAGUGGGUCUGGUUUUGUCUGUUAACACCAGGAUAUAAAAUGAAGCCAGUUAGUCAAUUAUCUAAUAUAAAUAUUAAUUUUCUGUAGAUUUGUGACUUCUUUAAGAUUGGUUAUGUAAGGUGUCACAAGUAAGCGAAAAAACAGGGCUAAAGUCUGUAGAAUAGCGCGAUAAACUAUACUGUCAGAAAAUUAAGAGACAUUAUGGACAAAACCCCGUGUGUCAGAAAUUAAGAGUCGCAAAAAAUAAUUAUUUUUGCUAAAAAUAGGGUGUCAGAAAACUUAGAGUGUCCAAAAACUUAGAGUUAUUACGGUAUAUCUUUCCAAGCAUUUCAGAAAUGUAUGUUAUAUUAUAACAAAAAAACAACAACAACCCAUUCAUGUAUCCAAGUAUUAAUGUAUAUAUAGAGUACCGUAAUUACUCUACGCCAAUAGAACAUGUAAAAAUUGUGACUGGCACUGUGAAAACAAUUUGAGCCAUCCGAUAAUAUGACCUUUGCGAAUGCGAGCCUUCUGAAAUUUUUAAAAUUUAUAUGAAUAUAUAGCUAUAAAAAGUCUGUGCUUUGAUAAGAGUUUGAAAGGCGAAAAAUAUUAAAUAUUUUUUAAUGUGGUUUGAUUGAGAACUUAAUAAAAUGCCUGUGAUAAAUAUAUUUAUUAUAAGAAUUAUGUUGUGGUUCAUUCUAUGUUAGACUCACAGACUUCUCCUUAGCGCCAGCUUAGAUAUACGUUGAAAUUCUUUUUUUCAUUUUUGUAAUCAUAAGUGGAGUUUGUGUGAAUCCUGUAUAAAACUGUGAGAGAUUGUAAAUUAAUGUCAUUUUCCUCCUUGAUGUUUUCUCAAAAUCUCAUCAAUGUAGACAAUUAAAAGUAAAUUACA